AUGCGGCCUCGAGCUGAUUGCCAUUGCCCCUUCAGUUCUUGUUUAAGCACCCCACGGCUACUUCGUGCAAGGGCUGAGGCUCUGGCGAAGCGCUUCGACAAGUUCAAGACGGCCCGGCGGCGGAGCUCCAUGUACACGGCGGUGCAGCAGGACGACCUGAAGCAGCAGCUUGAGGCUGCCUCGCAGCAGCGGCGACCCUGGCGGCGCUUGCUGGCACUUCUGCCUUGUGCCCCGCGACGGGACUUCUCUGAGGCAGUCGGGGGCUCCUUCGUGCCUUACAGAGGGAGCCGGGAGGGCGUGGGUGACCUGGUGGACCAGGAUGCCUUGAGCCAAGUGACAGAUGCGGACCUCAUGGAGGCACAGGCUUUGCAUUGGUCGGAUUUGGCGGUGACUUUCCUGCAGACCUGCAAGGGCCUCCCUGAGGAUCUGCUGCCGGACUUCCUCUACUCCGUGCGGAAGGGCGUGCCCGAUGGCCUGAAGAGGCUGAUUUGGCCCCUCGCAGCUGGCCAAGCCUUGGCCUCGAAGGUCUCGGAUGUGAACGCAGAUGAUGUCUACAACAAUCUGCUGGAACGGAGCUUUGGCGGUGUGCACCCGCACGAGUUCCAGGAUCCAGUCCCAACCUUCUGCCAAGGGGUGCAGGAUCGCUCGUGCACUCAUUUUUGUCUCGUGCUUCCGCUGCCGAACACCAUGGUGGAGUACCUCGAUGUCGGCAUGAGGCUGCAUGCGAUGUACAAGGAGGAUGGUGAAUUUUAUCCCGCCACCGUCGCGAGUAUCAACCCAAAGAAGAAGAAGGCUCCUGUGAAGGUCCACUACACUGCCUACGGGGAGGAGGCCGAUGCCUGGGUGUCCUUGGAUAUGCUCAAGUCCAAGGCUUUGCCGAAGGCUGCUAAGGCCGCCCCGGCCACCGAGAAGAAGACAGCUCCCAAAGCCAAGGUCGUGGCCGUGAAUACGAAGAAGAAGACACCUGUCAAGGCUGAGCUGGACUUGCAACUCCACUGCUCAACCAUACCCUGGCUCAUAAAUUGCAUCACCACCAUCGUCAAUAAGACCACUCUUCUCUUCGCCGACGCGGUAAACUUCAUCGGCUACGACAAGCAGUACGACGAGUGGCUCGGUGCAGACCGUCUCCGCUCCAAGGCGAUUGUGCCGCUGAAGGAGAAGGCCCCCUUUGGUGCCAUCAUGCCACCAAUGGCAAAGAAGUACCUCCUUGUCAAGGCCAAGGUCAAGGCUCCCCUUGACCCAGGCUUUUGCCCCUUGGUUCUGGCCAAGCAGAAGUACCUGGAGGCGACCAAGGAGUGCACCGACAAGAUCAUGUGGGCCUUGCCGCGCGAGGAGGGCUGCGCGCGCUACUCUCUGCCCGUUUUCCCGGAGACCAACAGGGACUCCCGAGCUUCGGCCUACCUCGCGGGCGUCCUCAUCCAGGAGAUGAUCUGGCAGCGAAGUGACCCCAACUCAGCAGGAGCUUACGAAUUCGAGGUGAAGUCCAUGCCCAACGUCUGCGGCACACCGGACAAGCCUUUCGAGGUAAAGAUUGUGGAAAAGGAGUCCGAUAUGCCCGCUGCAUUCGACACACCUCAGGUCUGUGGCAAGGAUGCCAGUGGUUGCCGCCUUGCCUUUGAUCUGGGCAAGAGUGACAUCAAGACGGUGGCUGUGAAGGACAACGAUGUCGUGUACUCGAAGGAUGUGACCAACCCGGAUCCCCAGUACCACUACGAUGCGAUCCUCGCGGCAUUGAAGCUGGCCAAGGAGACGCUGCCCAAGGUCGAUGCCAUUGGUGGCAGCGCUACCGGGACCGUGUCGGCCCACAACGAGGCGACCUGGUGCGACAUUUUCCCUAACGUCCCACCGGAUGUGUACAAGGCCAAGGUGGUCGUCGGCUCAGAGGUGGACAUCUUCGUGAGAUUGGGUAAGGAGAUCGCUGGAGACGUACCGCUGAAGGUCAUCAACGAUGGAGAGGUCACGGCCCUGGCGGCAGUGCAGAAGAUCAAAUCUGGAAAUGCGUGGACCCUUUUGUUGAGAGUCAUGGGCAUUUCCAUGGGAAGCAGCGAGGGUGCCGGUGCGGAGCCUCAGAGCUAUGCCAACGCAGACGGGAACCUCAUGGGCUGGAUCAGCGAGUGCGGGUCCUUGUGGCUUCCCAGGCUCUGCUACUGCCGUCUGGACCUCAACCCGAAGGCCCCCACAGAUCCCUGGUCCAAGGGAGCCCACAGGGGCCUGAGCCACAUGUACCUGGGACAGCGCGGCACCACGAAGUUGGCGGCCAAGGGCGGCGUCGAGGUCCCUGCCAACUACAAGUUCUGGUACCCGCAUCCCGACAUGGUCACCAUCAAGCACGAGAACCACGCGCAGAUCCAGGAAGCAAUGAAGACGGACAAGGAGCCUGAGGUUCGGAAAAUCUACGAGACCGUGGGCGUAUACCUCGGCUAUGCUCUGGCACAGUACAGUGAGUUCUACAAGAUCGAUCAUGUCAUGAUCUUGGGACGAGUCAGCAAGGGCAAGGGUGGAGACAUCAUGCUUGACACAGCCAAGAAGGUCCUUCAGGAAGAGUUCCCACAGUUCUCUCACAUCACGUUCCACACGGCCGACGACCACUUCAAGGCAAGACGCCACGAGACGCGGAAGUCCGAACGAAAUGCUUUCUGCCGAGGUAAGAUGGUGAAGCUGGAGACUCUGCAGGGCGUCGAGGAUGCGCCGGCGCUGAGCGCAGCAGCGGCCUCAGAGGUCGUGAAGCAUCUGUGGCUUCUGAAGCCACAGGGACAGCAUACACUGAGACGACUCCUCUGGGUGUCGCAGCUCACGAGCAACCAUGUGGAGCUGGAGCUCUCAGUUCUGCCCCUUCCUGCCGAAUUUGAUGGCCACACUGCUUUCCUUCUUUACCGAAGCCGAGACCAUGUUCAUUGUCCGCGAGCUGCUGCUGGAGGCGGAGAACGCCGCCGGAGGAGAAAGCCCGAAGAUCAUCCUGAACCUCAGCCAGAUGCAGAAGCAG